AUGAACAUGCCGAGCGUUCAAGAGGUCCGCAGUGUCAUGAACACUCUCGACUCAAAAUCUCUUCCAAAAAUGGACAGUAAAGACCACACUGCAACCAUGCCGCUGUCCAAGCAAGACAUGGAGCGAAUCAAGGACGCAUCAUACUCGGCAGCAGUCCUUCGUCCUCACACGAACCAGGUUAUCGAAGCUGCAAAGCUUCGCGCACGGGACGAGAAUGACAUGCAGAUCAGACUUCAGGACAUGCAAUAUAGAUACGGCAUCUACAACAGCGAUAUCGGACCUGAGCACGAGACUGAAUACUACUGCAACUGCCCGGUUCACCAAUAUCAACGACAUAAGCAGUGUCGCUCUGGAGUCCAGAGACGGUGGGGCAAAGCCGUCAUGUACCCUGGCGAGAAGUAUUACGAUGACAACACUUUCGUCAGCGCUACGACGAUGAGUGGCAGCGUACUCCUACCACGGACCUUGUGGGGUGGUGAUCCCUACGCUUUCCGCGUUGUCAGCCCGUAUGGGUACUACAAUAGCAACAUGUUCAGGACCAUCAGUCUGAACAACGAGCUCAACCUCAAAGCUCAGGCUAAGAUUCAGGCCAUCGAGCCAAAGCACUCCGUUUGGGACGAGCAGCCAGGAGUGGAAGCCAUCAACAAUGGCAUGGAGAAGCUGAAGAUCAGCGACGAGAAGAGACAAAGUGUAAACGCUUCCAACGCCGCAUCUCUGCCUACUACGAAACCGAAAACUUCUCGCAUGUCUUCUUUCCGAAAGUCGAUCGGCUUCAAGACUACGGAGGAGAAAGCAAGUAUCAAUGCUGAGAAAGCCGUGGGCUCAAGCAUCGAGCUACAGACAUCAAUCCUAGCCGAAGAACGCGGACGCUAG